UUAAGAACAGUGUGAUAAUAGAGACAGAGGUAAUAAACAUUCAAUUUGAGGUUUGGAUUGUUGUCUGGAAGUAAUGCAACCAAAGACCUGCUGGUUGUGUCAUCUGUUUACAAUUUAUUUCUCAAUAUUAAUGGUGCAGUCAGAUCAUUCUGGUAGGUCCAGGAAAGGCUGUGGCUGUAUUUGGUCUCAUAUCAACAUCGACUUCGCCCGAAUAUUCCUUUUAUGGUUUGUGAUUGUCUUCUACGCUUUAUUUGGGGCUGCUGUCUUCUCGGCCCUUGAGAGACCUUCAGAACUGGAGGCACACUGCAGAUGGAACAGACAGCUGGCCGAAUUUGUUCAGGAUCACCGUGUUCCCUCAGAGGACUUGCGUGAGCUGCUGGGACACUAUGAGGAGGCCAUUGCCGCCGGGAUUCGGAUAGAAGCACGGAGACCUCGAUGGGACUUCUCAGGAGCUUUUUACUUUGUGGCAACUGUAGCCAGCACUAUUGGUUUCGGGAUGGCAGCACCCGCUACACUCAAUGGAAAAAUCUUCCUUAUCUUCUAUGGGCUGAUAGGCUGCGCAGCCACCAUUCUGUUCUUCAACCUCUUUCUGGAACACAUGAUAAUGCUGAUUACAUUCCUCACACGCAGAUGUCGAAAGCAAAAACAAACAAUUAAGCUGAGUAAAAGACACAUUGUCACCAAUUUGAACACACAACUGGAACAUGGAGAUGAGCAGGAGGACUGGAAACCUUCUGUUUACUAUGUAACCCUCAUUUUGGCAACAGUUGCGAUUUUGGUGAACUGCGGAGCAUCAGGUCUGUACUCAGCCAUGGAGGAUUGGAGCUACCUAGAGUCUAUGUACUUCUGCUUCGUGGCUUUCAGCACCAUGGGUUUCGGGGACAUGGUGAGCGGACAGAAGGCCCACUAUGAAGCACGUUGGGUCUACCAGAUAGCCAACUCUUUAAUGAUUAUCCUUGGAGUGAGCUGCACCUAUUCUCUUUUCAGCGUCACCGCCAUCAUCAUCAAACAGAUGUUGAACUGGAUUUUGGCCAAGCUGUUCAGUCUGCAUUGCUGUCGGUCUUGGGGCUGCUGCUCCAUCACAAGUCUGAAAGUCAAAGAACUGGCCAAUCAGCAGAUCCAGAACACAAGCAACCAUCACGGCACCUGUCAUGUGGUCAAGGCCUCUCUCCCCUCCAAGAGCAAGUGUAAGUGUGCCAGCACUGCAGUAGAAAUUGUGUGCCAGAGCCUGGACACAGCAAACAGUGGCCCAACCAUUGAAGAUGAAAUCAGAGAUUCGGACAAACUUUCGAAGGAUGAUGCAGAGAAAGACGUUUUCGGUGCUCUCAGCAAGAACUGUCACCUUAGUCAUCAUCAUAGUGUGCGGGAGGAUGUGAGAACAGUUGCAAUGUCAAAUCAUCAGCAGCAAGAGACAAACAUUAAUGCAAAGCCAGUACUGUAAAAAGAAAUGCAGUGAAAACUUUUAAACGGCUUAACUGUAAGCUACUACAGUAUGUAAAAAUGUAUAUUAGAUUUAGUAGGUUAGUGCAUUUAGUUUUAUUUGGAAGUUAAAAGUGUAAAUUAACUUGUAAUUUAGGAAUUGCAAAUCUAUGUUAUAGACUUAAUAUAUGUACUUUUACAGUAAAAUUAUCUUUAUUUUACAAUAGAGGACAUUCUGAACUGUCUCCUAACUUGUGAAGGGAAAUGUCACAUGAUUAGUUUUUGUAAAACGGUAAUACUUUCUUGUUUGUUUCACCAUAAUAUCCCCACAAUGCAAUGAAAUUGUAAAGCUAUUGAUUUAAAUAAGUUUAUUCAUUAAUAAAGAGUUCAAACUCUUAAA